AUGUCCACAGGUGCUCCAAAGCCAAAGCUUUCACAACUUUGUGAACUAUGUCAUUGUCGUAAAGCCAUGAUCAAAAGACCAAAAAAUUUACAAAAAAUUUGUAAAUUAUGUUUCUAUAAUGUUUUCGAAACAGAAAUCCAUAAUACUAUAGUUAAUAGUAACUUAUUCUAUCCUGGUGAAAAAAUUGCAGUUGGUGCUUCUGGUGGUAAAGAUUCAACAGUAUUGGCAUAUAUCCUAAAGCUACUAAAUGAAAGAUAUAACUAUGGAGUGGAGAUUGUAUUAUUAAGUAUUGAUGAAGGUAUUGUUGGGUAUAGAGAUGAUUCAUUAGCAACUGUGAAGCGUAAUAAAGAACAAUAUAACUUACCAUUAGAGAUUAUUUCAUAUAAGGAUCUAUAUAAUUGGAGUAUGGAUGAGAUUGUUAGUUGUGCAGGUAUUAGAAACAGUUGUACAUAUUGCGGUGUUUUGAGAAGACAAGCAUUGGACAGAGGUGCUGCUAAGCUUGGGAUUCACCAUGUUGUUACAGGUCAUAAUGCGGAUGAUAUGGCAGAAACUGUGUUGAUGAAUCUUUUGAGGGGGGAUGUUGCAAGAUUAGAGAAAUCUACAGCUAUUAUGACUUCAAGUUCAGGUUCUCCAAUCAAAAGAUCAAAGCCUUUCAAAUAUUCAUAUCAAAAAGAGAUUGUGCUUUAUGCCCAUUAUAAAAAAUUGGAUUAUUUCUCUACAGAAUGUACAUAUGCCCCAGAAGCUUUUAGAGGGACUGCUAGAGAAUUGAUGAAGAAUUUAGAAGCUAUUAGACCAAGUUGUAUUAUUGAUAUUAUUCAUUCAGGAGAGAAUUUUGUAUUGAGAGAAAAGAAACAAAGACAACAAUUUAGAAAGAAUCCAAAGGCUAACAACGCUGUUAGUAAUGAAAUUGAAGUUAGAGCUGAUGGUUCGGUCUCUUUGAACAGUAAAGGGGGAUUUGUGGAUGGUAAUAGAUGUGAGAAGUGUGGUUAUCUAUCAAGUAAUAGAAUUUGUAAAGCCUGUAUGUUGUUGGAAGGUUUAGAAAUGAAUAGAGCUAAAGUUUCAAUUGAUGGUAAUUCCUCAGUUGAUGGUGCAGCCAAAAUGACUAGAACUUUAGAGAAGCUUACAUUUUGA